GCGGGCUCGCUCCCCGCCGGCCGCUCUCGCCGCAGCCCGAGCCGGGCCUGCCGCCGCCUUCCCGCCGGGCCGCGCGGCCCGGGAAACGCGGCCGCGGGCUGCAUGGGAAGCGCCCGCUCGCCGCCGAGCCGCCGCCGAGCUGAACACACGGCCCUGCUGGACUUGACACAGUGCUCAGCCCUGCUGACUUCCGCCAUGGAAUCGCUGGAGACUGAACUGGAGCUCAUGGGAACUUGGAAUGCAUUCGGAUGCAAGGAGAGUGGUCUUUCAAAUACAUCAUGAUGACAGUCUGAGACGGUUGACGAUGAGGCGAUGGUGGUGUAAAUGAAGAUCAGGUGAGGGAGCAGAACGAUGCCCAAGAGUGGGUGUUCUAAAACACCACAGCAAGAAGACUUUCCUCUCAGCAACGACAUGGUGGAGAAACAAACCGGAAAAAAGGAUAAAGAUAAAGUUUCUCUAACCAAAACCCCAAAACUGGACCGCAAUGACGGAGGGAAGGAGGUGAGAGAGCGCACCACCAAGCGGAAGCUGCCCUUCACCGUGGGGGCCAAUGGAGAGCAGAAGGACUCAGACACAGAGAAGCAGGGUCCCGAGCGGAAGAGGAUCAAGAAGGAGCCCGUGGCCCGCAAAUCAGGGCUGUUGUUUGGCAUGGGGUUGUCUGGGAUCCGGGCAGGCUACCCACUCUCCGAGCGCCAGCAGGUGGCUCUUCUUAUGCAGAUGACAGCUGAGGAGUCUGCCAACAGUCCAGUAGACACAACACCAAAGCACCCCUCCCAGUCUACAGUAUGUCAGAAGGGGACGCCUAACUCUGCCUCAAAAACCAAAGAUAAAGUGAACAAAAGAAAUGAGCGAGGGGAGACCCGCCUGCACCGGGCCGCUAUUCGAGGUGAUGCCCGGCGCAUCAAGGAGCUCAUCAACGAGGGUGCGGAUGUCAAUGUCAAGGACUUUGCAGGCUGGACGGCGCUGCAUGAGGCGUGUAACCGGGGCUACUACGAUGUCGCAAAGCAGCUGCUGGCUGCAGGUGCGGAGGUGAACACCAAGGGCCUGGAUGAUGACACACCCUUGCAUGAUGCCGCCAACAAUGGCCACUACAAGGUGGUGAAGCUGUUGUUACGGUAUGGGGGGAAUCCUCAGCAGAGCAAUCGGAAAGGCGAGACCCCACUGAAAGUGGCCAGUUCCCCCACGAUGGUGAAUCUGCUGUUAGGCAAAGGCACCUACACAUCCAGUGAGGAGAGCUCCACUGAGAGCUCUGAGGAGGAGGACGCCCCAUCAUUUGCACCGUCUAGCUCAGUUGAUGGCAAUAACACGGACUCUGAGUUUGAGAAAGGCCUGAAGCUCAAGGCCAAGAAUCCAGAGCCACAGAAGACUGUGACCCCUGUCAAGGACGAGUAUGAGUUUGACGAGGACGAUGAGCAGGACAGGGUCCCCCCAGUGGAUGACAAGCACUUGCUAAAGAAGGAUUACAGGAAAGAGACUAAGUCCAACAGUUUCAUUUCAAUACCCAAAAUGGAAGUUAAGAGUUACUCUAAGAACAACACGAUUGCACCAAAGAAAGCGUCCCAUCGCAUCCUGUCAGACACUUCUGAUGAGGAGGACACAAGCCUCACUGUUGGCGCCUCGGAGAAGCUGAGGCUGUCUGCACACUCCAUACUGCCCAGCAGCAAGGUGCGGGAGCCAUCCAACUCCAGGCAGCAGAAGGAGAAAAACAAAGUGAAGAAGAAGCGAAAGAAAGAAGCAAAAAGCAAAGAAGUUCGGUUCGGAAAGAGAAAUGACAAGUUCUGUUCCUCCGAGUCGGAGAGCGAGUCCUCCGAGAGCGAGGAGGAGGAUGGGGACUCUGUGGGGAGCACAGGCUGCCUCAAGGGGUCCCCGCUGGUGCUGAAGGACCCCUCCUUGUUCAGUUCACUGUCUGCCUCCUCCACCUCCUCCCACGGCAGUGCUGUGGCCCCAAAGCACAGCGCCAACCAUAGCGACCAGCACAACAAGCACUGGCGCACGGACAACUGGAAAGCCAUCUCUUCUCCAGCCUGGUCCGAGGUCAGCUCUCUGUCAGACUCCUCACGGACAGGACUGACGAGUGAGUCUGACUGCCCCUCUGAGGGUUCCAGUGUGGAGUCCCUGAAGCCCACUAGGAGGAAGCAGGGGCUCCGCAAGAGGGCCAGUCUGCCAAGCGUGCCACCAGAGAAGCGGGGUAUCUGCCACCCCAGCACGGAUGGCGCCGUGCCCAAGCUGGACAAAGAGGGCAAAGUCGUCAAAAAACACAAAACAAAACACAAACACAAAAAUAAGGAGAAGGGGCAGUGUUCAGUGAGCCAGGAGCUUAAACUUAAAAGCUUUACGUAUGAAUAUGAGGACUCCAAGCAGAAGCCAGAUAAGGCUAUCCUUUUAGACAACGACAUUGCUCCAGAAAAGCUGAAGGUGCUGAAGCACGACCGAGACCAUUUUAAGAAAGAAGAGAAACUCGGCAAGCUGAAAUCUGAAGACAAGGAGUGGCUCUUCAAAGAGGAGAUUCUUAAGGUCUCGAAAGAUGAGAAGUCACUAAAGAGGGCCAAAGACAUCGGGAGGUCCUUCCGGGAAGAGAAAGACCGGUCCAGUAAAGCAGAGAGGGAGAAGACCAUGAAGGAAAAGUCCCCCAAAGAGGAAAAGCUGAGGCUGUACAAAGAGGAGCGGAAAAAAAAGUCCAAAGACCGGCCCUCCAAGUUAGAGAAGAAGAACGAGGUGAAAGAGGACAGAACUUGCAAGGAGAAGGAGAAGCUGAAAAAGGAAAGGGGUUACCGGGAUGAUGCUUCCUUCGAUGAGUACUGCGGCAAGACUCAGUUUCUGGAGAACGAGGACUCCAAAUUCAGCCUUUCCGAUGAUCAGCCAGAGAGGUGGUUUUCUGACCUGUCUGAUUCCUCCUUUGAUUUCAAAGGGGAAGACAGCUGGGACUCCCCAGUGACAGACUACAGGGACAUCAAGAGUGACUCUGUGGCUAAACUCAUCUUAGAGACAGUGAAAGAGGACAGUAAGGAGAAGAAGCGUGACAUCAGAGCCCGGGAGAAGCGGGAUUUCAGAGACUCUUUCUUCCGAAAGAAAGACAGAGACUAUCUGGACAAGAACUCUGAGAAAAGGAGAGACCAGACGGAGAAGCAUAAAGGCAUCCCCAGCUACCUCUCUGAGAAGGACAAGAGGAGGAGGGAGUCCGCCGAGGCUGGGCGGGACCGGAGGGACGGCUUGGACGGCUCCCGGGAGCGCAGGGACGCCCGCCUGCGGCCCGAGGAGGCGCAUCGAGAGGACUUGAAGGACUGCAGCUGCGAGAGCGCUUUCAGGGACAAGCCAGACUGUGAGCUGGCCAAGGGCCUGGAGCCCUGGGAACGGCACCACGCUGCACGGGAGAAGGAGAGAAAGGAAAAGAUGCGGGCAGAAAAGUACAAAGACAAGGCGCUGGACAGGGACAAGGGUGAGAAAUCAGUCCUUGAGAAAUGCCAGAAAGACAAAGAAUUUGAUAAAUGUUUCAAGGAAAAGAAAGAUGGCAAGGAAAAGCAUAAAGAGGCCCACAGCAAAGACAGGAAAGCAUCCCUUGACCCAGCGAGAGACAAGAAGGAGAAGAUGUUCCCAGGCCUUCUCUCAGAGGACUUCUCUGAAAAAAAAGAUGAAAAGAAAGGGAAAGAGAAGAGCUGGUACAUUGCCGACAUAUUCACCGAUGAAAGUGAAGAUGAGAAAGAUGACUAUGUGGCCAGUGGGUUCAAGGUUGGGGAGGCCGGGGACACGCAGAGGGGGGACAGCCCCCAGGACAAGGAGGACGGGCGAGAGCCGCACCUCUCGGAUAGACACCGGAAGUCCUCCUCUGACCGGCAGCACCCGGAGAAGCCCAGAGAGAAAGAGCCCAAAGAGAAGAAGAAAGACAGGGCUGCUGUUGAAGGUGGGCGGGACAAGAAGGAUAAGAUCUUUGAGAAGCACCGAGAGAAGAAGGACAAAGAGUGUGCAGAGAGAUACAAGGACCGGAAAGACAGGGUGUCCGUCGACUCCACCCAGGAAAAGAAGAACAAACAGAAGCUCCCUGAGAAGGUGGAGAAGAAGCACUCCACUGAGGACAAGGCCAAGAGCAAGCACAAGGAGAAGCCGGAGAAAGAGCAUGCCAAGGAGAGGAAGGGCUCGCGGGGCCCCGAGGCGGAGAAGAGCCUGCUGGAGAAGCUGGAGGAGGAGGCGCUGCACGAGUACCGGGAGGACUCCAACGACAAAGCCAGCGAGGUCUCGUCAGACAGCUUCACAGACCGGGGCCCGGAGCCGGGCCUGAGCGCCCUGCUGGAGGUGUCCUUCUCAGAGCCACCUGACGACAAGGCCAGAGAGACCUGCCUCACUGAGAAGCUGAGGGACAAGGAGCGGCACAGGCACUCCUCAUCGUCCUCCAAGAAGAGCCACGACCGCGAGCGAGCCAAGAAGGAGAAGGCCGAGAAGAAAGAGAAAGGUGAGGACUACAAGGAUGGCGGCACCAGGAAGGACUCCAGCCAGUAUGAGAAGGACUUCCUGGAGGCGGAGGCCUAUACCACCUCCUACACGGUGAAAGCUGACAUUGACGACGAGCUGGAGAAGACCAUCGAAAUAUUUUCCACCGAAAAGAAAGAGAGGAAUGAUUCUGAGAGAGAGCCUUCCAAGAAAAUAGAGAAAGAACUAAAGCCUUACGGCUCCAGUGCCAUUAGCAUCCUGAAGGAGAAAAAGAAGAGAGAGAAACACAGAGAGAGGUGGCGAGACGAGAAGGAGAAGCACCGAGAGAAGCACGCGGACGGCUUCCUCAAGCACCACAAGGACGAGCCAAAGCCUGCCGCCAAGGACAAGGACAGUGCCCCCAACUCCUUCAAGGAGAAGGCCAGGGAGGAAGGCCUGAAGCUCGGCGAGGCCAAGCCGAAGGAGAAGUUGAGGGAGAACGCCGAGCGAGAGAAGGCCGACUUGGUGAAGAUCAGCAAUGGCAACGACAAGCCACCGCUGGCCAGAGAUCCGGGGAAGAAGGACACCCGGCCCCGGGAGAAGCUCCUGGGAGACGGUGACCUGAUGAUGACAAGCUUCGAGAGGAUGCUGUCCCAGAAGGACCUGGAGAUCGAGGAGCGCCACAAGCGGCACAAAGAGCGCAUGAAGCAGAUGGAGAAGAUGCGGCACAGGUCUGGGGACCCCAAGCUCAAGGACAAGGCAAAGCCCCCUGAGGAUGGGCGGAAGAAGAGCCUGGAAGCCCCUCCUAAGAAACCCCCGGGGCCAGAGCCUCCCUCGAAGGAGAAGAAGCUCAAAGACCCUGCUCCCACACCACCUGCCACUGAGAACAAGCCAGGGCUGGGGGCAGAGUGCAAAGACUGGCUGGCAGGGCCGUCCCUUAAGGAGGUCUUGCCCGCCUCGCCCCGGCCUGAGCAGAGCCGGCCCACCGGGGUGCCCACUCCCACCUCAGUGGUAUCGUGCCCCAGCUAUGAGGAGGUCAUGCACACACCCAGGACACCGUCCUGCAGCGCUGACGACUACCCCGACCUCGUGUUCGACUGCACCGACUCCCAGCACUCAAUGCCCGUCUCCGCUACGUCCACCAGCACCUGCUCACCGCCGUUUUUUGACAGGUUCUCCGUGGCUUCUGGUGGGGUUUCUGAAAACCCAAGCCAGACACCCACGAGGCCUGUCUCCACCAAUCUGUACCGCUCCAUCUCUGUGGACAUCAGGAGGACCCCUGAGGAGGAGUUCAGCGUUGGGGACAAGCUGUUCAGGCAGCAGAGUGUGCCUGCAGCCUCCAGCUUCGACUCCCCUGUGCAGCACCUGCUGGAAGACAAAACCCCACUACCGCCAGUCCCCGUGGAUAAGUUUGCUUGCCUGUCCCCAGGGUAUUACUCCCCAGACUACGGCAUCCCCUCGCCCAAGGUGGACGGUCUGCACUGCCCCCCUGCCUCCACAGUCGGAACCACGCCCUCCCCUGAGGUGGUCUUCUCUGGUUUACCAGCCAAAGCCUCUCCACCCAGGGGGGAGCUGUUAGCCCCGGCUGUAGAGGGGGCCCUUCCCCCAGACCUGGGCCUCCCUCUGGAUGCCACAGAGGACCAGCAGGCCACAGCUGCCAUCAUCCCCCCAGAGCCCAGCUACCUGGAGCCCUUGGACGAGGGCCCCUUCAGCACUGUCAUCACCGAGGAGCCUGUGGAGUGGGCACACUCCACUGCCGAGCAGGCCCUUUCUUCCUCCCUCGUCACCGGUGCCUCUGAAAACCCUGUCAGCUGGCCCGUGGGUGCUGACUUCUUGCUGAAGUCCCCUCAGAGGUUCCCAGAGUCCCCAAAACGUUACUGCUCUGCUGAAUCCCUCCACACCGCCACCCCAGGGCCCUUUAGCACUGCAGAGCCCCCGUACCCUGUCUCUCCCGUCUCCUACCCUCUGCCCACAGCCGAGCCAGGCCUGGAGGAAGUCAAAGAGGAUGGGGUGGGAGCCAUCCCUGUGGCCACUGAAGAGGCUGCACCUUACACCACCCCUUCCAGGCUCGAGUCCUUCUUCGGCAGCUGCAAGCCACUUCCAGACGCGCCCCUUGACCAGGCGCCCGAGCCCACCUGUGUCUCCACGGGGGCCCAGGUGGAGGCUCUUGGGGCCCUGGAGAGCAGCUUCCUGGACAAUGGGCACAGCCUAGCUGCCCUUGGCCAGGUGGAGCCCGUGCCCUGGCAUGACGCCUUCACCAGUGCCGAGGACGAUCUGGACCUCGGCCCCUUCUCACUGCCGGAACUCCCUCUCCAGCCCAAGGACGCCCCUGAUGUUGAAACGGAGCCUGCGGAAGGGAGCCCUGCUCCUACAGGGGGGACCCUCCCUGUGCCCUCUGGGGUCGGCAGCGAAGGGGACGGCCCUGGAGCUGUGGCUGAGGAGCAGCCAGUGCCCCCUCCUGAACAGACCACCCCCCGACUCUCCACUGAGCUCAAACCCUCAGAGGAGUCAAAGCUGGACGUGGUUCUGGAAGCCACUGUGGAAGCAGAAGCAGUGGCAGACGAGCAGGUCCCUGAGAACCCGGACUCCAGUGCAGCACCUGUGUCUAGCGCCCCAGAACAGUGUCCCCUGGAGGGCGGGGAUGAGGUUGAGGUCGAGGCCGAAGGCCCCUCAGCUGCUCCCCAUUGUACCCCUAAUGACCCUACCCAAGAUGCCCCUCCACAGGCCCACGAUGGUUCAGAGGCCACCUCUGCUGCCACCCCAGCUGAGAGCCCUCCAGGCAGUGUGCAGCCAGAAGCUGCAGAGCCAGAACCCAGGCCUGCAGCCGAAGCCCCCAAGGCCCCCCGGGUGGAGGAAGUCCCUCAGCGCAUGACCAGGAACCGGGCCCAGAUGCUGGCCAGUCAGAGCAAGCAGGGCACGCUGCCUGCGGAGAAGGAGCCCACGCCCACACCCACGCCACCCUCCCGUGCCAAGGCCCGUGCCCCUGAGGAAGAGGAUGCCCAGGCCCAGCACCCACGCAAGCGCCGCUUCCAGCGCUCCAGCCAGCAGCUGCAGCAGCAACUGCACACAUCCACACAGCAGACUCGGGAGGUCAUCCAGCAGACACUGGCCGCCAUUGUGGAUGCCAUCAAGCUGGAUGACAUUGAGCCCUAUCACAGUGAUAGAUCCAACCCAUACUUUGAGUACCUUCAGAUCAGAAAGAAGAUCGAAGAGAAGCGCAAGAUCCUCUGCUACAUCACCCCGCAGGCGCCCCAGUGCUACGCUGAGUACGUCACCUACACGGGGUCCUACCUCCUAGAUGGCAAGCCGCUCAGCAAGCUCCACAUACCUGUGAUCGCACCCCCGCCUUCCCUGGCGGAACCCCUGAAGGAGCUCUUCAAGCAACAGGAAGCUGUUCGAGGAAAGCUGCGUCUACAGCACAGUAUCGAGCGGGAGAAGCUCAUCGUGUCCUGUGAACAGGAGAUCCUAAGGGUCCACUGCCGCGCAGCCCGGACUAUCGCCAACCAGGCAGUGCCCUUCAGCGCCUGCACGAUGCUGCUGGACUCUGAGGUCUACAACAUGCCCCUGGAAAGCCAGGGGGAUGAGAACAAGUCAGUGCGGGACCGAUUCAAUGCUCGCCAGUUCAUCUCCUGGCUGCAGGACGUGGACGACAAGUACGACCGCAUGAAGACAUGUCUCCUGAUGCGGCAGCAGCACGAGGCAGCGGCCCUCAACGCCGUUCAGAGGAUGGAGUGGCAGCUGAAGGCACAGGAGCUGGACCCAGCCGGGCACAAAACCCUGUGCGUGAAUGAGGUGCCUUCCUUCUAUGUGCCCAUGGUUGACGUCAAUGAUGAUUUUGUGCUGCUACCAGCGUGACACCCACAGGAGGGCCGUAGGACAGGCGAGGGCUGCUCAGUCGCCAGUGCUGCCCGUGAGUCCCAGCAGUGAAGGAGAGGAGGACCGCACCGCCAGAUGGGAGGAGCGAGAGACUGCACCUGGCCCAAGCCUACCCUUCCAGACUGGCCAGAGGCUCGGGAGACGGAGCCGUCCCUUUCCCAUCUGUGGGCGCCCCAGGCUCGGCUACAGAGCCCUGCCCCCGGCAGGAGGAAGAGGAGACCACAGUGCAGGGGAUGGCAGCUCCGUCUUGGAGAACAGCACCCAGGAGGAGCCGCAGGACAGAGCGCUUCGGAUCCCUCGUGCGUUCCGAUCGUCUGUGGGACGUGAACCAAGAUGUUGCCCUUGGCAGCGACCUCCAGGUCCAAAGCAGGUCAUCGCCAUCUUGGCCCCAUCCUUGGGGCAGACGGGGACACUGGGACCCUGGCUUGGUGAGGGCCCGGCCGCCACCUGCCUGGUCGCAGAGGGAUGCAGCCAGGACUCUCCAGCAGUGUUUUUAAUGGAGUCAAAUCCACGUGGUUUGUAUAUUUUUUUCCUUUAAUCUUGGGCAUUUUGUUUCUCUUUCUGAGAACAUAACUUGAAACACUACAGAGCCAAUAAUCCUAUACAGAGUGUAUCUGCGGACGCUGUACAGUUUUAUAUACCUUCACAAUGUACUUUGCUGCCUUCUAGAUAAUUUAUUUUGCAACACAUUACUGCACAGUUGUAAAUAACUUAUGUACUGUAACAUCACUUUCAGUUCUGUGUAAAGAAAUAAAUUAAUUAAAAUGCU